CAUGGCGGACAACUGUGUUUUGUACGAUCCUCUCUGGCAAAACGGUCCAAGACCAGGAUCUUUUUAUAAUUUACCCGGUGGCUCAACAUCCUCCUGGAAUGGACCAACAAAACAUACACUGCAACCUAUGACAACAGGUACUUCAGUACUUGGUAUCAAGUUUGAUGGUGGUGUAAUGAUUGCUGCGGACACAUUAGGUUCUUAUGGUUCAUUAGCUAGAUUCCGACAGAUAUCCAGAAUUUAUGCUGCCAAUAACAACACAAUACUUGGAGGAUCAGGUGAUGUGGCAGAUUUUCAGUUCCUAAAAGCUGUAGUUGAACAAAGAAUUUUCCUUGGUUAUGUAAAUAUGGUUGGUACAGCAUACGAAUCCCCUACGAUAGCCACUGGUUAUGGUGCAUACAUGGCACAGCCACUCCUCAGAGAUGCCUAUGAGAAAAACAACAAGAUGAGCUUACAAGAAGCAAAAGAUUUGAUCACAAAAUGUAUGAAAAUAUUAUUUUACAGAGAUGCCAGAUCUUAUAAUAGGUUUGAAAUAGCUUAUGUAACAAAAGACGGCCCUGUUAUAGAACCUCCUACAUCAGCUGACACCAAUUGGGAUAUUGCACAUUAUGUCAAAGGAUACGAGUGAACCUUAUCCAUCAUGUGCAGUUUCGCCUACCCCUUUCUCUGUAUAUGGUAUAACCCACAAACAAAGUACUGGAUGAAACCAUAUUACUGGAGGAGGAGUUGUAAAAUAGAAACCAAGAACAUCCAGUUUUCAACAUCAUUGUUUAUUUGAAUAUAUGUAAAUGCAUUGUCAAACAUAUGCACCAUUUGUUGUCCACUCAAAAAUAACAUAGAAAAUUUUAUAUAAAAAUAUUAUGUUGCAAAAAGAUUAAGGCAGUUUUUAUUGAGCUUACUCAGUACUUUUAUGUGUCAGAAUAUGAGAUGCUGCGUGCUGACACACGUCAUGAUAACUGACCAAUGGAAUAACAGUAUUUGUAACAUCUCAACUGUUUAAAAGCAAAAUAAAUUUAAGAGCAUCAAAAUAAAUAAGUACAUAAGAA